AUGAUGAGAGUACUACUGCCUAUGCCACUGCUGACUUUGUUGCUGCUGUCCUUGGCCAGCUGUUCUCAUUUUAGAGGUGGUUCUUUGUCGUGGAAGCCUACAUCUAACUCUUCACAGAUUGAGAUUUCCCACCAGAUUGCGUGGAGGCGGUCAUAUAGCACCGGCUCCUAUUGUGACGACACAACAAUAGCAUCACAAGGAACAAUAAGAGUGUCGGCAAACUUUUACUGUAGAGUAAGUUGCAACGGAUUCAUCAGCAGCUUGUACGGCAAAUGCAUCGCAUACAACGCACAAGAAGACUGGUCACUAGGAGAGGAAUCAUUUUUAUUCGAUGUUCCGACGCCCGGAGUAGAGUAUACUUUCAGAUUAGAAGGUUGCUGUUGGCAAGAGAUAAACAAUGGCGUUUCAUUCGAUGACAUGAGGAUGACCAUGACCGCUGACCUUCGCCCCCGAGGUGACACUGGGGUCAUCAACUCCUCCCCUGUUGUUACUAUGACACCGAUUGUUCGUCUUCUUGCUGGAUGCCAGCAUUCUUUUAGAAUACCAGUGAUAGACGCAGACGGAGAUAUUGUGCGUUGUCGAUUUCCAACACCUAACAACUACAACGAAUGUGGAUAUCUUUGCAACGGACUACCGGGCAGUACCAUUGAAACGAAUACAUGCAUUUUUUCUUAUAAUGCAACUUCGGGAACAGGAACCUAUGGCGUCAGCGUACAGAUAGAGGACUUCGCUGCCUCGGACCUCUCUACUGUUUUAAGCUCUGUACCACUACAGUUUCUGAUCAUUGUGUAUUCGGACUCAAUGAGUUGUGAUGACGGGCCCACAUUUGUAGAGCCCACCCCACCGGAAGCCAGCUGUCAUGUCGUAGGUUCUACCUUUACCAAAAUACUGGUAGCAAGAACAAAAAGUGUAUCCCACACAAUAACAAAAAUAUUUGUAAUGGGUCCUACUGGAAUGACGAAGAGUGGUUUAGCUUCUUACGGUAGUACCGGUAGGGAGUGGUCAAUAACAGUCACGUGGUCACCCAUGCAGAAUCAAGGCGGAUAUCAUCUCCUUUGUUUUAGUGCAGAAAUAAACAACAAACUGUCUUCAAAAAUGAUUUGCAUUGAUGUGUUGGCAGGAACACCACCUUCGAUAAGUCUUCAACCAAACUGUUUGACACCACUCGGAGAUAUCGUCAGUGGACCCAAUAUAACAUUCAAAAUGUGCUUUGAUAAAAAGUUUAUUCGACCAGCGACAAAUAAAUACUUAAUCAUAUAUCACUCGAACGGAACUGAAGUAAAAAGACUGAAUUUUAACGACCUGGAUGUAGCCACGUUUUCGACUGUAGAUGACCUCAUGGUUAUUGUCACGUGGGGAAACAUAUCCGGACACGACUUAUUAGAAUAUGGACAGUAUUUCAUUUUGAUAGACGUAGGUUCAGUGGCCGCCCCGCCUCUGAGCUGUGUCAGUGAUUGGCCUGGCAUUAAUCAGCCAUGGUAUUGGAACUUCACUGUAGUUGAUCGCACUCCACCUUUUCUGGACUUUCUAUCAAUCCCAAGACAAGUCAACGAUAACGAGGCGUUCUGUAUGAGCUGGAAUGUGAGCGAAUCGCUCUCCUUUGAGCGCUGUAACCUGACAAACCCUACAACGUCGUCAAUUGUGAACUGUCACGAUUCCUUAAACCUAGGCGUUGUGAUCGCAGGAAACUAUUCCAUUAGCAUCGAAAUAGAAGACUUGCAUGGGAACAAAGCCGGGCCCUAUGAACAUCACUGGGUUGUUACUGAUGUAACGCCACCAAGUCUGACAUUUGUUCGGAACAAUUCACUUACCAGAAGCAAUGUAUCUAUCACUUGGACUGUCAGUGAGCCAGUUGUAUCAUCCAACUGUACUGUAACAUUUCCAAAUGGGACCUUGGUGUAUGAAACUUGCAAUGACAAAUGGGAAGCUAUUGAUUUACCACGUGGUUCUUACCAAAUCAGUAUUGUUUUAGUUGACUCUGUCGGUUUCAUUGGAGAAUUUCAGCACAAGUGGACAAACAUUGACGUUACGCCCCCAAUACUAAUAUUCAAGAGGAAGCCUAACCGUUCUCAAAGCAAGGUCACCAUUACCUGGGACACCAACGAAGAAACAAAUGGAUUGUGUCAGGUUGAGGGACCAUCCUCUUUUUAUCGGUCAGUAGUCUGCGACAAAGCCUGGAGCGAUGACUAUCUAUCGGAAGGGGAGUUUAUCCUCAACGUCACCGUUUAUGACCUGUCCUUAAACAUGGCAGGUCCAUUCCAGCAUAAAUGGUACAACAGCGAUGUAAAACCUCCAGAGUUGAAGGUGACAAUUUCUCCAUUGUGUGACAAGUCUUACGAUAACGCCACUCUAAUGUGGACUUACAAUGAGUACGCAACAUCAAUAUGUCGGAUAAAAACGUCAUUGAAAUCUGAGUCUGUUCCCUGUGACAGAAGUUGGAGUGGAACCUUUUUGCCGGAAGGAAACGUUACGAUUGAAGUAGAUGCGCGAGAUAGCUCAGGAAAUUCAGCUCCCACAUUCAAGUAUACCUGGUAUAACGAGGAUACGACUCCCCCAGUACUUACGUUUACAAAGAAAGAGGUCAGAACGAUUAAUGACGCAGUGAUCACGUGGUCUAUAAAUGAACCAGCAUCAACCGACUGCACGCUUACUACGCCAUUUACGACGUCAGUGUUUUCGUGCGAAUCUGGUUCGUGGUCUAAAAGCAGUCUUCAGGGAGGGAGGUACGAACUCAGUAUUCGCUUGCUUGAUCUGGGUAACAACUCUGCAGGGCCAUAUGUUCAUAAGUGGCAAAAUGUGGAUACGAUUAGACCGAGUUUUACAUUUUCCAAGCUUCCUACUAGAACAUACAGUAACGCAACAAUAGAGUGGGACGUCUCCGAGCCUGUGAACGGCAGCUGUGAAAUUGUGGGACCCUCAAACUUCCUGAGGAGUGUGUCUUGCGACGGUGGCUGGGUGGGUGUUAACCUGCCCCCGGGGACUUUCACCUUUCAACUCUUGGUGACGGAUACUUCUGGAAAUAUUGGAGGUCCUUUCAGACAUACAUGGAUCAAUGAGGAUGUUACUCCACCGUCGCUCUAUUGGAAAGGUGCGCCGCCAUCUUUGACUCAUGGAAGCAUUGUGAUGUCAUGGACAACGGAUGAAGCAGUGACGUCACUUUGUACCGUUCAUUCUCCAAUUAAAGAAACAGAGGUGCCUUGCAAUAACGAAUGGGUUGGAACAGAGUUGCGUCAUGGAGAGUACUCGUUAACAGUCAUAAUGGUGGACGGGUCCGGGAAUAAAGCCCAAACUGAACAUCACUGGAACAACACCGUAUUGGAAUUGGUAUUUGAACUGAUAAUGACUCUUUCAAAUGUGAGAGCGACGAACUUUUUCAACAAAACAUCUCCGGAAUAUAGCAAGUUUGAAGCGGAGAGUCGGUUAGCAUUAGAAAAAUUUUAUCACUCGAACAUCGACAAUUUUAAAGAAAUUCAUUUCAGGAAAAUAAACGUUUUAUUAAAGUCUUCCAGUCCAGAAAUAAGUACAGUCUCACCAGGAAGUGACGUUGAAUUUGACUAUGACGUGGUACUGGUCGGGAACGAUCUAUCCACAGGUUCAGCUUCUUUGUCCAAGUCAUUAUCCAAGCUAUCUUCCGGGGAAUCAUCCAUAACCAUUGGAGGCUCAACAGCAUCAUUUUCCAACGUUAUUCUCCUGUCGGACAAAAGAACAUCAAACGUAACGUUCAGUAGACAAACCAAACCUUGUGAAAUUGCUCAAUUUUAUGUCACAUGCAGCCUUAAAGAAUACUGCAACGAAUAUACAGCCAUGUGUGUGUAAGUACAGUAUGUACUUGUAUG